ACGAAGCGACCCCCGUCUGAGGGAGCGCAGUUUCUCGUACACCGAUCUCUCGGAGAGAGAGCAUUUUCUCAAACACCGAGCUCUCGCCUUCGUCUGCCUCCUUUCCUCCACGAUUUCUUCUCGUCCUCUUCGAAUCAGGGGAAAUCUGGGGCUUCGGGAAGAUGUCGAGAUCGAGAGUCCGACGAGGGGAAUUGCCUCCUCCGCAAGAGACUAUAGAGAAGUUGGAGAAGAUGGUGGAGGAUGGGAAUUGUUAUGCGGCCCAACAGGUAUACAAGUCAUCUAGUGCAAGAUAUAUAGCUGUUCAGAAGUAUUCCGAAGCAUUGGAUCUCCUUCAGGAAGGCGCUUUGAUCCAAUUGAAGCAUGGGCAGGUUACUUGUGGGGCUGAACUGGCUGUCUUGUUCGUGGAAACACUUCUCAAGGGAAAGAUACCCUAUAGCGAAGAAACUCUGGAUCGUCUCAGGAAGAUUUAUCAGCAUUUCCCAAAGAUACCUCUCCCACAGAAGUUGCUAGAUGAUGAUGAUGAUGACAUGCAAAAACUCUCGGAAGCUCUGAUGGCAGCAAAAGUACGUGUUGAGAGUUGCUCAUCAUUUUUAAAAGCUGCAAUUAGGUGGUCAGCACAGUUUGGGGCUCACAAAAAUGGAUCUGCUCAGUUGCAUUAUAUGUUGGCUGAAUAUUUAUAUUUUGAAUCUCCUGAGCUGGACAUAAUUAAAGUUUCUAGCCACUUUGUUCGUGGAAGUAAUCCAAAGAAGUUUGCUUCCACCCUAGUGAACUUUAUGGGCAAGUGCUAUCCUGGGGAAGAUGAUGCCGCAAUUGCACGUGCAGUCCUACUGUACCUAUCACAAGGGAACCUGAGAGAUGCCAAUUACCUCACGGAUGAGCUUAAAAAGCAACUGGAAUCCCAACAGUUUGAUUUUCCCCGCUCAGAUUUGACCCAGUUUAUCGAGUAUCUUCUGCAGACGCUGGAAAGGGAUGCUUUUCCACUUCUUAAGAUAUUAAGGCAGAAGUACAAGUCAAGUAUUAACCGGGAACCAUUAUUUGAUGAGUUAUUAGAUGAAAUUGCGGAAAAGUUUUAUGGAGUACGACGGAGAAGUGGACUACAAGGCAUAUUUGGUGAUCUUUUUAAGAUGAUGUGAGGGGCUGUUUGAAGAAUGCUAUUUCUAUCAACCCUCAUGACUCAAUCUUGGGCAUUGAGAUUGGAGUUAUCUGGAGCAAAGUCAUUCUAGAAAUGACAACAAAUUUUCCUAUGAUCAUGCGGGGGAUAUCCUAUAGACAGCAGCUCAGAGGCAGAUUUAAUUGUUAUUAUCUUGCUAUCGAUCCUGAACUAGCUACAAAUAUAGCAUUGACAUUUAUAAUAAAAUUAUCCAUUCAUGAAUAAUCAGGCACCUUACUGAAAACAAAUUUAGUGCAUAUUGUAAUCAUACAGUCUCCCCAAGUUUGGUACUCGAAAAUUUUGGAUAUGCAUUUGUAGAUGGAUAGUGAUUUGUGAAACUACUGUUAAGAGUUUAUUGUGGAAAGAAUGAUAAUAUAUAAUAAACAUA